CUUCAAACUCAAUGUAAAUUACUGUGUGCUUACAAUUAUGUAAUUUGUCUUAAUACCUGAUACAGGUUGUGUGGGGUUUAUGUGUGUUUUACAUAAAGCCAAUAUUUGGCUGCCUAUUUCUGAAAAAUGCAACUAAAAAAAGCCUUUAUCUUCAACGAGGAUCCCCUUAUUAGCAAUAUGACUAAUAUAAUAAUCUAUGCAUGUCCAUUGCCCGUUAAUGGUAUGCAGGGGGCGGGGUGGGCCCCCUCUCUGCAGCACCGCCUCUGUGUGUGUUGUGAUUUGCUCGAGCUGAGACGCGCGUGUUAUUUACCUCGCGGUCUCGCGCUGGCUGCUCGCACGUGCCUCCGCAUUCCGUCUUUGUCUCGCCGCACAGCUUCACUCCGCUGCUGCGGACCCCCGCCGACAGUGUGUGGGGGGGGGGGGGCGACUGCCACCUUUGUCUGUUUCCUCGCAUUGUCUCCCUCGCGGCACUCUCAUCGCGGGUGGGUGGGUGCUGUGGGGUGGGGGGAGUCUCAGCCUAUUUUGCCCGUCCUCCGAGGCGCGAUGACCGGAUCCCAGUAGCCGAUAAGCAGGCGACGUCCGCCCCGCCUGGAAGGGGCUGUGGUGAUGCGUGUUUGGAGCGGUUCGAGUUUCUCGUGGGCGAUGCGCUGAGGGAACUCGCGUGGUCUUUAUGUAUCACCCUGAUUUGGAAACCCUCCAUCCCACCCGGAGAUCCAUGACCCGGUUUUUCGUUGUACUGUUGUCAUCAUGUCCCCUGCAGCAUCGGCUGCGACGGCCAGUGAGAGCAGCAGCACCCCCGUUCCCGAAGAGGAGCGGGACGGUCCCCGGGAGGAGCAGCGGCCCCAGAAGCAGUCCUUGACCAAGUCCUUGUGUCAGGAAACCCACUGGAAAUGCCUGCUUCUGUCCCUGCUGAUGUACGGCUGCGUGGGGGUGAUGGCCUGGUGCCAGGUGACCAAGGUCACGCGCCUCUCCUUCGACAUCGCGUACAAGGGCAGGUCCAUGAUGUACCACGACAGCCCCUGCUCCAAUGGCUACAUCUACAUCCCUUUGGCCUUCCUCGUCAUGCUCUACGUGGUCUACCUGGUGGAGUGUUGGCACUGCUACACCAGGAACGAGCUGCAGUACAAGGUGGAUGUCGACAGUGUGACGGAGCGCAUCCAGCGAAUGCAGCAGGCGACGCCGUGCAUCUGGUGGAAGGCCAUUAGCUACCACUACAUAAGGAGGACGCGGCAGGUGACCCGCUACCGCAACGGAGACGCCUACACCACCACGCAGGUCUACCACGAGCGGGUCAACACCCACGUGGCCGAGGCCGAGUUCGACUACGGGAACUGCGGGGUUAAGGACAUCGCAAAAUGCUUGUCGGGUCUCGAGGACUUCCCCAUCACCAAACUGAGGUUCACCAAGUGCUUUAGCUUUGCCAACGUGGAGUCAGAAAACUCUUACCUGACCCAGCGGGCCAGGUUCUUCACCGAGAACGAGGGCCUGGAUGACUACAUGGAGGCCCGCGAGGGGAUGCACCUGAAGAAUGUAGACUUCAAGGAGUACAUGGUUGCCUUUUCCGAUCCCAAUCACCUUCCCUGGUACGCGGCCCACUCCUCUUUCUGGGUGGCGGCGGCCUUCACCGCCUCCUGGCCUCUGCGCGUGCUGACGGAGUACCACACCGCCUGCGCGCACUACCACGUGGAGAAGCUGUUCGGCUUCGACUACGUGCCAGUGAGCCCGUCCGAGGAGCGGCCGCCCUGCAGACGCAUCCCGCGCGUCAACACGAUCGACAGCACGGAGUUGGAGUGGCACAUCCGCUCCAACCAGCAGCUGGUGCCCAGCUACUCGGAGGCCGUUCUCAUGGACCUGACUCAGCUGUCGGGGAGCUGCAACAGCUACUCGGCGUGCGGGGGCUACGGCGGCUACAGGCAGAACUGCGAACGUUGCCACCGCACCAUCAGCAGCUCGUCCAUCUUCUCCCGCAGCGCCCUCAGCAUCUGCAACGCGGGGAGCCCUCGCCUCCCCUUCAGCGCCAGCCGCUUCUCGCUGGGCCGGUUGUACGGGUCCAGGCGGAGCUGCCUGUGGAGGAGCAGCGGGAGCCUGAGCGAGCGGCCCUGCCCCCCCACAGAGAGCUCGCACUGUCUGUCGGGUCAGCAGCAGGCCGGCGAGGAGAACCCCCCGGCCUACCAGGACGCGCUGUGCCUCCCGGUGCUCAUUGUGCAUCGCGACGAGGGCUGCCUGAACCACGACCACCGCUCCCUGCACAGAAACGGGUCCUGCGUGGAGACUUCUCUAUGACCCCCCCCCCCCCCCCCGGCGGCCGCCAGACUGAUGGGAGCACAGGAUCUAAUUACCAGGGCUGGGAUAGCCGCGUCUUCCUUUUUACAACUAAUGUAACUCAGUUACCAAAAUAAAGGAUUUGGUCUUUAUGGUUCUGAAGAGACUGUAGCCAGCAACAGGAUACACAGCAAAUUUCAGAGCGUUAAAUGGACUCUGUGAGAUUCAAUUUGAACUCUGAGCUGGUGUUUAUAUUGUCCCAAUCUUGUCACUGUUAAAUCAACACUCAACGAAGUGUUUUAAUUCAACUCGGAAUAAGUGUCAAAAAUAAAUCUGCUCAUUGUUAAAUACAACGUCAUUUAGCUAAAGUAACUUACAUUGCAUUUUUAACACAUGGCGUUUACAUUUUAGACCAGGGAGCCAUUCGGGGUUCGGUGUACUGCUCGGGGGCACUUUGACUUGGAAUGUGGAGCAGCCAGGGUUUUGAACCACCAACACGUGGUCCAAUCCAUGCACCAUAUUACAUGGAGUUAAGCCCUGCACCAAGAAAUGUGACACUGUACAGUUACAUUUCAAAGCUAUCAAAGAGUUAGUUUAACUCUACUAAGUGUUGCAAAUGAAUCUGAUCUUGACACUGGAUGAUGUCUCCAGCUCUUUCGCACAAUUGACUCUGUAAGAGUUUGCAGUGUGAUUUCAACUCUGCACUUUGACCCUUUUGCCCAACACUGGAAAAAUAACUCUAAGAAUUUUGCCGUGUACCUGGGAGUCCUUAAGUCGGGGAAAAUGUUGAUUAUAUCUGUGUGAGACUGUUGUUUGAAUACAUUGCGGCUUUAAAAGACAAAAUUGCCAAAAUGUUACAUACUUUCCUCCAGCAUCAAUAAGGGCAAGAGUCAAGUUACCAAGGAAUACCAGGGGGAGUUACACCCUACUGUUCUUGCCAUAUUUGUAGAUCUUACAAACAUAGAAGGAAACAAUUUUCUAGUAUUUGGAGCCUAUUAAGGGUUUCGACUCAGCGGGGACAUUAGAAAUUGCCACGAAAUGAAAUCAAUACGACAGUUAAUGGAAGUCUGAAUUAGAAAUUAAGAUUAACGUUAUAUUAAGAAAAUGAUUGAAAAUGAUGGGACGGAUGAAUAAUAAGAGAAAAUGCAGAGAUAUCAUCCUCCCUGUCAAAGCAUAAUUAACAAGAAUAUAAACAUCUGCAUCCCUUUUUACUGGCUGAUUAAAAUCGUUGCAUCAAAAGUCAAUGCUAAUGAAAAUGUAUUUAAGAAGGAAUGCAUUUAAACAAAAUAAUAUUCUGAUGAAAUAUUGAGUUAGCUGAAAAUGGCUUUGCUGCAAUGACAUUAUACUUACCGGCUUUCUAAAUAUAGCGACACAGCCAGUGAAUAAUUUAGUACAUGAGAGCUAAGGACACAAGAACCUAAAGCUGAAUGAACUACACUUCUUCAAACUGUUAACUACUAUAAAUUACACCGUUGAUGUUGGCAAACUACAUAUAGUUAUAAACACCACCAUGGUAUUAAUAGAGAAGUGUCAACUCAACUAGAUUCAAAUCUGAACGAUGCUUCUAGUUUAAUAUACCGCAUGAUUUCUACUCAGCCUACCUCCUAAUUUAAGUGCCUAGUGAUGAACUGUGACUGAGGAGCAUGAACUAUCAUAACUAAAGUUAUCUCAUCUCGACAUGUUCCCAUUUAAACAAGUUGAAUUUAGACUCAUAAUAACAUAUGGUAAACGAGGUAUAUGAAAAAUCUUUGAAAUGCAUUGAUCAAAAUACAUGCGGCUUUAAAAAUAAGGCCCUAAAUGUCUUCAGAUGAUUUUCCUCAUGAUAGAACACAGCUCUCAUGUACUGUUGCUGCUGCUGAUGCAUAUCAGAGAGACAGCCAGAGAGCUGGCCAUCAAAGAUGCUCGAAAUAGGAACUGGAUUCACUGCUGAUAGUGUCAGACUUAAUAAUGUGACAGGAUUACUUAAAGAACAGAAAAAGAACGCUUCCACUCAAAUGAGCACGUGCCGUAUCUGAGUCAUGGUUCAUUUGAGUGUGCUGUCAGGCCAUGCACCACGAUAAAUCUUAAAUGGAAACAGAGAGAAAAACGUUUCAAAGUACUAUAUAGAAAAAGCAACUUUUAGCUAAUGCCGGGCUCUCCACCUUUCUGCACCUCUUCAGAAUUUUUUCGGACCAUCUUUUUAUAAAUCUGUCGUUAUGUCCUUCCUAAGCUCUAAAACUACUUGCUAGUAUCGGGUUGCAGCAUUAGUACUUCAGAAAUGUCUUAGCAGGUAAAGUAAAGAUCUGUAUAAUCUGUAAAUUGGUUAGCAUUAGUACACCAACUCCCAAAUGUUACACAACCUGACUGUUAUUUUGUCAUUUGUUAAUUUAACGUUUUAUAAAUUGAGCUAUUGAAGGAUAUUGAGCUAUAUCACCAUUUAAAAAAUAUAUAAAACCAAAUGACUCCUACAGCAUUGUUAAGAAAGCAAACCAAUCAAAAUUCAGCUCUUAUGUGUUGACUGUCUAACUUUGUAGAUUAGUAAUGUGUAAAUCUCACUCGCUCACUGACUAAGCGGUCCAUCGUAUCCGACUGAAGGCUGGAAGUAUGGCGGCGGUGGGCAUGUUUGGGCCCCCAGACUCCUGGUACCGAUGGCGCAUGUUAGACGUCUCUUAGAUUGUUAAAGAAAUUGUUAGACACAUUUGGACUUUUGGAAAAACACUUUUGUGAUGAGAUCAACGCCACUCUGAUAUCUGUACAUUCAACGUGGAGCUCCCACCAGCAGCGGUUUAGCAUAAAGAGCGGAAACAACACAACACGCUUUAUCUAUUUGGUUUAACCUGGAAAAAACGGACCAAAAAAGGUCACACUGCCCCUUUAUUGGUUAAUGGGUGGUGUAGCAACUAACCUUUUUGAGCAACAAGUGGCAUUUUAUUGGGAAACCAAGUUACACACGGGGAUUUAAAUGAGCCCAUUAACCGUUCUGUUUCUCAUAAAGGGCCGGCUCACAUUGUAGAAAUCAUUGGUCAGACGUGACAGAUCCGGGUAUUUAAACCCAGAUCCGGGCUAUAAAACACAACAGCCCUCUGCUUAAAGGCUCCGGAUCACCGAGCACAGAAUGAUGAACUGUCCACGUCCUGUGGAGUAAAGUGUGGAAAGAAUGACGGAUGUCAAAUCUAUUUUGAGUAUCUUUUGGGACGGUCACUGUUCUAUACUGAAGUCAUCAUCACGUUCUCUCAUCUAUGAGGGGCCAAAAAGCCCCUCAGAAAGCGUCACUGUGAUCCAUUCAUAGAAAAAUUGUUUAUUGGCGCAACAAAUUGUCUGGAAGGGUAAUAACUAGACGUUUUUCCUCCAUAGACAAGAAUCAAAGCUUUUUGUCAUGAAAAGCACUGAACCCUUCAUGUGUAUCAAGUAGAUUAGGUAAUUUUGAUAUGUACUCCUUCACUUGAGAAUACUUGGGGUGUUGUCUCUUUAUAUUUAAAUGGUUUUGUGGACUUUCAAGACUGUAGGGCAGAAAGGAUUUGUACUGUAAAUAAAACAGAGGCAAGAGGUUAAAAGGACUGCUGGUGUGGAUCUUGUGCUCAGCAGAAUGCUAAAGCAAGGGUAUUUGGGAUGUGCAGAUGUUAAACGGCAAUACAAUCCUCUAUAAAAUGUUUAGGCAACACAGCCAACAUUAACUAUUUCAGUUGCUUAUAUACUAUUUUGAAUGCUUUUUAUUUCCCAUAACCAAACCUAUAUUUACAUUUUUUUAAAUCAUGUUUGGUAAACAUUUAUUUAACUGAAACAUUCAGAAGGGUUUAAAGGAUUUAGGGUUAAGUGCACACACAGUUGUGUGAGUAUUGAUAAUGAUUAUUAAUCUAAAGAAUAUCUGUAUUUUAUGACAUAAAUGGAUCUUGUGCCGCUAGUCAAAUAUCAAAUUACAGAAUAGCUUUGCCUGUCUUCACAUGAUUAUAGAAAACAACUAGUGAUUUAGCAAGUAAAGAUGUGUGUUGGCCACCGGGGAAAGGUGUUACAAUUAUAUUAUUAGUCCGUAUAUAGAGGUUCUGUGUUUAUUCCAACUCCAACACAAAGUUGCCUUGAUGUUAAACCAAAGCUGCGUAUCAAAAUGAAAAAAAGGCUCCUCAAUAAACAAAAUGAGUCAAACAUUUA